UCAUUUUGAAAAAAAACUUGGAAAGGAAAACAUUCUUUUUCUUGCGAAAUUAAUUCUUAUUAUUCAGCUUGGCGAGUAUUGCAUCGAAAAAUAAAUGAUGAUGGAACAGAUAGGGGAUUUGCAAAGGGUCGUGGAAGAUAUAAAGAAGCAGUCUAAGUUAAAAUCUCAUGAUUUGAUCGAUUCAAACGACUAUGAGGGAAAUUAUGAAAUUAGGCUACAAAACUCGGAGAGUCAUUUAUCAGAUCUGAAAAUCAAAUGUACCAGGAUGGAAACAAAAUCGUUGUUUCUUGAAUACCUCGCCAAGGAUUCCAAAGACUGGCCUUUGAUAGAAGAAGUUGAAGAGGAAAUUGAAAGUCUCAAGGCUGAAAGAAAACAGGACAAAAUUGCCAUAGAGGAAGUGGAAAACAAUAUGGAAGAGUUAGCAGAAGAGCUUCAGACAAAAAAUGAUGAACUAAAGAAAGCAAUAUUAUCAUUGGAGGCCAAACUUGCCAACAUCAAAGAAAAGAAAAAACAAUAUGAAGAUUUGAAGGAAAAGUCUGAAAAAUCUUUGCAAAGAAUAAAAGACAGGGGAUCUUUACGCCAAAACUUGAAAGAAAUCGAGGAGAAACACUUGCAGGCAGAUUUUGCAAUCACGCAGUGCACUACUGCCAUUUCAAGCUUAGAACACUACAUCGAAAUGAUGCGUACAGACCUUGGCGAGCUACAAAGUCAUGUCAGUGAACUCAAAAAAGACUUACAUGUUGCUGAGGAGCAAAAGAGGAAAACAGACGAACAAAUGAUAGAGGAAACACAGUGGUUAACUGGUGCUAUCAAGAUGCUUGAGCAUCUCGGAGGAUUAUCGAUUAAAGAAGUCAACGAUGAUUCAGUAAUGCUUGAAAUAUUCAACAGUAAACCAGGGGAUGAUAACAAGCAGCGUGCCUCUUUGUUGCUUACACUGAGUUUUAGACUUAGUGCUACUAAACCACGCCUCUGUGGGGCUGAGGUGAAUUUGGAGACUUUUUCAAUCGUUGACUUAGUGCCCGCAGCCGUCGAGACAGGGGAUUUGGUUGCAUUGGUACACCAGGUGAAAAAACGCUUCAACGAUUACAAUGCUCUACGAGAAGAAAUGGAAGAGCUGCAGAAAAAUUAUGCCGUAGAUUGGGAGCCAAGCCUAGGUCGCCUCCGCGUGAUGGUUGGCAAGAGUGGUAACACGGUUUGUACGCUUGGAGUUGAUUCAUCAUACCCAGCUACUGGAAGUAUAACUCUUCUUGGAGUCGAGAGCAAGAAAGAGAACAUCGAGAAAGAUACUCUUAUGCCUCCAUCAUCUUGCGUCUGCCUCAGCGAGUGGGUCAAGCAUCUCCUUGGUAUUUUCAGCUGUUAGCUAGCGUGCCGUAACCAUGACAAUAUCUCCUCCAGGUGACAUUAAUUAUCACAUAUAUGUACAAAUGAGUUUUUAAUAGCCAGUACUCAAUAGCUAUCUUUAGUCCAAGGGUCAAAUCAAUUGGUUUUCUCAUAGUCUAGUAAUUACUCUUUAAUUAAGGAUAAUCGCCUUAGCCAAAUCCCUUGGUUUUUCAUCAGAGAAUUUUUAAAUUGCUAGAAGCGGUCCCAUUUUAUUGCAUUCAAUAAUUAAUGAAAGUAAAAAGCUACGGGGAAGGGCACUUUACAGCCCCUUUCCAAGUCUGUUUUGAUUGAAAACUCUUCUUCAUUUGGGCAUCCCAGAUGAUGAAAUUUUACAUGCUCCCAAUUUUAUUUUACUUGCAUAACUUUAAGAGGGAGGAGAUGGGGGGAUGGAGAGUACGAUUUUCUAUUCACAAGGAAAUGAUUGGCAUCCCAAAAAUAUAUAUAUAAUUUGAUUCACAAUCUCCACACAAUAACCUUCAGUUAAUUGUACUUUUAUUAACAGAAAUAUUUCCAGUUAUUUCUAUAUCUGGACUCGUUAUUCUUUACAUACAAGACAAUACUCAAGGGUUGAGAAAUAGAACUGUAUGUACAAUAUCUGUGAAAGAUUGUUCUCAUUCAAAUCACUCAUUUAUCGAAUAAAAUUAGUUUUAUAACAUUCUUUUCUAUCCAAAUUAUUUGGAUCAAUUUCGUGGCUCUUGGGCUAAUUUUAUCUUUAUAAAAAUCAUUUAUUUGUAUGUACAUGCUAGGAUAAUGUAUUGCUAAAACACUUAGCAUCGAGUUGAAUUUAAUAUCUAUGUACAAUAUUAUAGAUGACAUCCAGUAUGGACUCAUUAAACAGAACAAUUGGUAUAUGUUUAUAUAUCAUUCACAUUUUUUCUACCAUUUCUGAGCAAUGUUAGUAAACUCAUAAAAUACAGAUUGAUAAAAACCACCAAUAUUAGAAAUUGAAUAUCAGCUUUCUGGGUUAAUGAAAUCAAAAGUGUGGAAUUAGGAUAGGAUUUCCCAUAUAUCCUGUAGUUGCAUUGCUUUUAUCUUCAUUCAAUGGAAGUCCAACUUCCAUUCAUUUUCUUAUAAAAAUAAUUAACUGUUUUAUAAAUUGUGCUCUAGAUUUUGGAAGCAGUUUGUCAACUAAAUGUUUCAGUAGUCUGCUUUUGAGUUUUUUGAGUUAAACAUAAUUAUGCAGAUAUAUGUCAAUAGAGCAACAUGAUGAUCAACAUGCCUUGCUUUUGUGCAUCCAAAAUAUGCUGAAAAUUUUGUGCUAGGGUCUCUCAUUAUCUCUCCCUCUCUAUUUUUUACUUUGUUAAGUAAGAUGUCAAGAAAUUAAAGCAUGCAUAGUGGCUUUCUUCUCCCCAAAGUGCUGAUACACAGGCUAAAUUUAUAGUUUAGUUUUGAAAAAAAUGCUAGUCCUUAACAGAAGCAGAACUCCAAAAAAGUAGAGUUCUUUACCACAAUUUUCAUAAACAUGUGAACUGUGUCGGCAAGCUGCACUUACCGAAUGUUUGAUUGACAGCAGCAAAAAAAAACAGCAUGCAGCUCGCACGUUCAUGAAAACUGCAGUAACAGCUUUUAAUACAGUCAUAUAAGCCUAUUUCUAGAAUCAAUGCAAAGGGAUUUCUCUUAAUGCAUACAAAACUCCCAAUAAAAUUUUAGAGCCAAA